CUUGACAAAACAUUAAGUACAAUGAAGUUUCUAGUAGUUUUUGCAUUACUUACAGUUUUAGCUGUAGCUGCAGCAAGGAGUCCUCCAAAAUUCCGUCGCCAUCCAGUUGAGGAUAGGCGAAUUGGAGACAGUAGUUCCGAAGAGAGUUCUGAAGAAAGCUCAGAAGAAGAUAUUGCAAGAAACCGACGACAGAGAUUGGGUCCACCACAGGGACGCCGUCGUGCAGGUCAAAGAAGGCCACAUGGUCCACCACCACAACAACAACAACCAGAACAAGAGCAAGAAGAGGGACGUCGUCCACCACAAAACAAACGUCGCCCACAUGAACACAGGCCAGGCCAACAACAACAAGGACAGGAACAACAACCAGGACAAGGACAGCAAAUACCCGGACAGGGACAACAACUUGGACAAGGACAGCAAAGGCCUGGACAAGGACAGCAAAGACCCGGACAGGGACAACAACCAGGACAAGGACAGCAAAGACCUGGACAAGGACAGCAGAGACCCGGACAGGGCCAACAACCAGGACAAGGGCAGCAAAAGCCUGGACAAGGACAGCAAAGACCCGGACAGGGACAACAACCAGGACAAGGACAGCAAAGACCUGGACAAGGACAGCAGAGACCCGGACAGGGCCAACAACCAGGACAAGGGCAGCAAAAGCCUGGACAAGGACAGCAAAAGCCAGGACAAGGUCAACAACCUGGACAAGGGCAACAGAAGCCUGGACAAGGACAGCAAAAGCCAAGACAGGGGCAACAACCAGGACAAGGGCAACAAAAGCCUGGACAAGGACAGCAAAAGCCAGGACAGGGGCAACAGCCAGGCCAACAACCAGGGCAGGGCCAACAACCGGGACAGGGACAACAACCAGGACAGGGUCAACAACCAGGACAGGGUCAACAACCAGGACAGGGUCAACAACCAGGACAAGGACAACAACCUGGACAAGGCCAACAACCUGAACAGGGCCAACAACCUGUUGAAAUAUAAGAAGCCGAACAAAGCGAGGAACAAUAAACACAUGAAUUCAUUCCAGGAAUCCUUGUUUUGAUUUUGAAUCUUGUAUAUGACAAAAAAUUCUAAUAUUCUUUCUUUUAAAGUUCCAAUAAAAUGAUUGUAUUGGUUGAGCUUCAAA